UAGAUAACAUUUUGCAGAAAACGACACUCCACGCUGACUCUCUUUCUCUCUCCUCUGUCUUCUUCUCUACUUUUUGGGUCUCUCACUCACUCUCAUAAAGAAAUGGCACUCAAUGUCACUAUGCUCACUCGUCCUCUUACUUUGCAGAUCUUACGCUACACUCUUUGCGCUAGAAGAGUCUUGUUCUGAAACUAUUUGGUAAAUUUUGUCACAGCUGAUGGCAAGUCUUUCCCCAUCAGCUGCAAUAUGUUAUGGGUGUGUGAACUGUGGAACUCCUAAAUCAUCUAAGCUGCAACAUGCCAAUCGUAUAUUAUGUAGAGACACAGUUAUGAACACCUUAGUGAAAAUGAAUGCGGAAAAAAUGCUACUUUAUGGGCAAAGCACACCAAAUUCAAAUUUUAGAAAUGCUUCCUUGAGGAAUACUAAUUUGGAAGUGAAUGCUACAUCACGGAUGUCUAUGUCUAUUCCAGUUAAGCAAAGAUUUUCAGCAAAGAAUGAAGUUGAAGAACUAGAUGAUAAGGUAUCAUCUUAUCUCUUCAGGGCAGAAAUUGGUGCGAUGGUGAAAGUUCUUGUCAAAAAGAAAGGUGUUAAUUGUGCUGUGCAGAUUGAAGUUUCGUCCUUACAAUUGUCUAAUAGUGAUGAUAGCCUGAUUCUAUAUUGGGGCAUAUAUAGAGGUGAUUCAUCAAAUUUCAUGCCUAUAGAAUUUAAUACUUCGGCCCCUGAUAACAACAAAACUAUUGAAACUCCAUUUUUCAAGACUUCUUUUGGCAGGUUUGUGAUAGAGAUGGAAUUUGAGGCUGAAAAUACCCCCUGCUAUCUCUCUUUUCUUUUGAGAUCUCCAAUUGGUAAUGAUUCAAGUGACUUAGAAAUAAGAAGUCAUAGGAAGACAAAUUUUUGUGUUCCCCUUGGUUUUGAUUCAGGCUACCCAGCUCCUUUGGGUCUCUCCUUUUUACACGACGGUUCCAUGAAUUUUUCCAUUUUUUCCAGAAAUGCAGAAAGUGUGGUUUUAUGCUUCUAUGAUCACACCAAAGCUGAUAAUCCUUCUUUGGAGCUUGAUCUAGACCCAUAUGUAAAUCGAUCAGGUGAUGUUUGGCAUGCUUCUUUCAAUAGUGUUUGGAAUUUUGUGAGCUAUGGUUAUCGAUUGAAGGGGACAAAUCUAGAGGGAAGGAAAGAUAUUUUGGAAUCUUCACGUGUAAUUUUGGAUCCAUAUGCCAAGAUCAUUAGGAGUUCUACUUCUGAUGAUCAUGGAACUGGGCCAAAGUAUCUUGGACAGUUGUCCAAGGAACCUGGUUUUGACUGGACUGAUGAUAUUCAUCCUAACUUACCAUUGGAGAAACUAAUGGUGUAUCGAUUAAAUGUGAAACGAUUUACUGAUCACAAGUCUAGUCAGCUACUUCACGACAUAGCAGGUACCUUCUCUGGUUUGACUAAAAAGUUGGGGCAUUUUAAAGAUCUGGGUGUUAAUGCAGUUUUGUUAGAGCCUGUUUUCCCAUUUGACAAGCAAAGGGGGCCAUAUUUUCCCUGUCAUUUCUUUUCACCUAUGAAUAUUUAUGGACCUUCUGGUGGCACUGUGUCUGCUAUAAAUUCUAUGAAGGAGAUGGUUAAGAAAUUGCACGCUGAUGGGAUUGAGGUCCUACUGGAAGUGGUUUUCACUCAUACUACUGAAAAUGGAGCACUUCAAGGAAUUGAUGAUUCAUCCUAUUAUUUGAAUGGGGUUGAGGAUCGGGAACCAUUAACUGCUUUGAAUUGUAAUUUUCCCAUUGUGCAACAAAUUAUAUUGGACAGUCUUCGGCACUGGGUGACAGAGUUUCAUAUUGAUGGUUUUUGUUUCAUAAAUGCAUCUUCUCUGGUGCAAGGGUCUCGUGGAGAGCACUUAUCCCGCCCUCCUUUGGUUGAAGCAAUUGCUUUUGAUCCUCUACUCUCAAAGACAAAGAUCAUAGCAGACUGCUGGGAAUCCCAUGAUGUGGUGCCAAGAGAAACAGCACCUUUUCCCCAUUGGACGAGGUGGGCAGAAAUGAACAUGAAAUUCUGUUUUGAUGUUAGGAACUUUCUGCGAGGUGAGGAACUUCUUAGCAGCCUUGCUACACGACUUUGUGGGAGUGGGGAUAUUUUUUCAGAAGGGCGGGGUCCAGCAUUCUCUUUCAAUUUUGUUACCAGAAAUUCUGGACUUCAUCUUGUGGACCUUGUCAGCUUCAGUGGUGAUGAGUUAGCUUAUGAAUUAAGUUGGAAUUGUGGGGAAGAAGGUCCUACAACCAAUACCCUUGUCCUUGAAAAUCGGCUUAAACAAAUCCGUAAUUUCCUAUUUGUCUUGUAUGUUUCCUUAGGUGUUCCUGUUCUGAAUAUGGGAGAUGAGUGUGGACAAACCUCUGGUGGUUCUAUUGCCUGUAGUGAUAGAAAAUCAUUUGAUUGGAAUGCAUUGAAAACAGAUUUUGGCUGUCAAGUUACGCAGUUUAUCUCAUUUCUGUGCUCUUUGAGGCAACGGAGAAGUGACCUUCUUCAGAAGAGGAAGUUCUUAAAAGAAGAAAACAUUGAAUGGCACGGAUGUGAUCAGUCUCCGCCAAAAUGGGAAGAACCAACCUCCAAAUUCCUUGCCAUGCGUUUAAAAGCUGAUGAAGAAAAAGUGGAGAACCAAACAACAGCUGAACCUGAAUCUGAAUCUGAAUCUUCAAAGGGUGAUUUGUUCAUAGCCUUCAAUGCAGCUGACCAUUCAGAGAGUGUUUUUCUACCUACGCCAGCAGAAGGAACAGUGUGGCACAGAUUGGUUGACACAGCUCUUCCAUUCCCGGGGUUUUUCUCAGCAGAUGGUGAGCCUGUCAUUACGCAGAAGGCAGGAUUAUUUGCUUAUGAAAUGAAGUCCCUCAGUUGUACUCUUUUUGAAGCCAUAAGUGAGUAGUGGAAGUGGAGUACGCUUGGCUCUGGCGCAUUAGUUUGUUAUUGCUUUGAUGCCAUCCAAAUUUGAUCAUUUUCAUAUAGAUUAUACUUUGAAUGCUGAAAUAAGCAUGCAAGUGCAGUAGAGUAUUUGAGUUAAUAAUAGCACAUUGUUCAAAUCUCAGUUUGUAAAUCUUAUAUAAAGUUCAUUUUUUUAGUAAAGAUUAUUGUUCAUUUUUUUUUAGCA